AUGGCCCAGCGGUGGGGCGCGCACAGGCUCACAGGUGGGCAACUGCAGGACACCUAUGAGGGCAGCACCCGCACUAGCAUUUUCGUGUACACCAACAGCACCAGCACCAGAGGCCCCUUUGAAGGUCCCAACUACCACAUCGCCCCACCGUGGGUGUACCACCUCACCAGCACCUGGAUGAUCUUCGUGGUCUUUGCCUCUGUCUUCACCAACGGGCUCGUGUUGGUGGCCACCAUGAGGUUCAAGAAGCUGCGCCACCCUCUGAACUGGAUCCUGGUGAACCUGGCGGUGGCUGACCUGGCAGAGACCAUCAUCGCCAGCACCAUCAGCGUGGUGAACCAGAUCUAUGGCUACUUCGUGUUUGGCCACCCUCUGUGUGUCCUGGAGGGCUAUACCGUCUCCCUCUGUGGGAUCACAGGCCUCUGGUCACUGGCCAUUAUUUCUUGGGAGCGAUGGCUGGUGGUCUGCAAACCCUUCGGCAAUGUGAGAUUUGACGCCAAGCUGGCCAUCGUGGGGAUCACAUUCUCCUGGGUCUGGUCUGCCAUCUGGACGGCCCCGCCCAUCUUUGGUUGGAGCAGGUACUGGCCCCACGGCCUGAAGACCUCGUGCGGUCCGGAUGUGUUCAGCGGCAGCUCGUACCCCGGGGUGCGAUCCUACAUGAUCGUCCUCAUGAUCACAUGCUGCAUCAUCCCCCUCAGCAUCAUCGUGCUGUGCUACCUCCAAGUGUGGCUGGCCAUCCGAGCAGUGGCAAAGCAGCAGAAAGAAUCGGAGUCUACCCAGAAAGCUGAGAAGGAGGUGACACGCAUGGUGAUGGUGAUGAUCUUUGCCUACUGCCUCUGUUGGGGGCCCUACACCAUCUUCGCGUGCUUCGCCGCUGCCCACCCUGGCUACUCAUUCCACCCUCUGAUGGCAGCCUUGCCAGCUUACUUUGCCAAAAGUGCCACUAUCUAUAACCCCGUCAUCUAUGUCUUUAUGAACCGACAGUUCCGGAACUGCAUCUUGCAGCUUUUCGGCAAGAAGGUGGAUGACAGCUCCGAACUCUCUAGCACUUCCAGAACAGAGGCCUCAUCUGUCUCUUCUGUGUCGCCUGCCUAA